AUGACCGCGCAGCUGGGCAUGCAUGUGCUGCAGAUGUGGGCUGGGGCUCUGGGUGGACAAGCACUACAGAGUGGGAUCCCAUACUCUGUAGUGGGAGAAAAAGCAGCAGGAGCAACUUAUAGGAUGAAUCUACUAACCAGUGCCAUAUUGCUGUAUUGUUUAGGCCAUUUUGUUAUUCAAAAUGUUGGUCCACAACACGAUGGUGAUAAUUCAAAAGUUAAAGUUAAAGUGCGAGUUAAUAUCCAUGGAAUCUUCAGUGUGGCUAAUGCAUCUGUUAUAGAGAAGCAAAAUUUGGAUAAUGAUCCUAAUGAUAUUCCAAUGGACACAGAAUUGUCAUGUAAGAAUCAAAGCAAAGAUGAACUGGCUAAAAUGCAGAUUGAUCAAGAUGAUGGUAAUCACAAGAGCCAAAUGGAACAACAGAGUCAAGCAGAUGAGGAAGCUGAUCAUAUAGGGACUGAAGGAAAGACUGCUUCAGGAGACAAGAUUGAUAUAAAUCAAUCAGGCAAAACUAAAACAAAGAUCAAGAGUAUUGAUCUACCUAUCCAUGUUAAUUUAUACAGACAGGUUGGACAGGAUCUUAUUAAUUGCUACAUUGAAAAUGAGGGGAAGAUGAUGAUGCAAGAUAAGCUGGAGAAGGAGAAAAAUGAUGCCAAAAAUGCUGUUGAAGAAUAUGUGUAUGAUUUGAGAGAUAAGCUUUGUGGUGUCUAUGAAAAAUUCAUAACUGAAGAUGAUUCAAGAAAGAUAACAUUAAUGUUAGAGGAUACAGAAAACUGGCUUUAUGAAGAUGGAGAGGACCAACCAAAACAUGUAUAUGUGGAAAAACUUCAGGAAAUGAAAAAAUUUGGUGGCCCUAUUCAUGAUAGAUAUAAGGAACAUGAAGAAAGACCAAAAGCUUUACUUGAUUUGGAAAACAAACUCCAGCUGUUUAUGAAAGCUCUAGAAGGAUAUGAAAAUAAGGAUGAAAAAUACAAUCACAUUGAUCCUGUUGAUAUGGAAAAGGUUGAGAAAUAUGCCAGUGAAGCUAUGCGCUGGUUGAGCUCGAAGAUGCAUGUACAGCAUAGACUGAGUUUGACACAGGAUCCUAUUAUUAAAGUGGCAGAAAUAAUAGCGAAAUCUAAGGAACUGGACAGUUUAUGUAAUCCAAUUAUUUACAAACCUAAGCCAAAGGCGGAACCACUGUCUGAAGAUCAAGGAAAAUCUAAUAGUGAACACAAUGGGCCAAUGAAUGGACAAAGCAGUGCUGAUGCUAAAUCAGAGGAGAGUUGCCAGCAGCCUAAAUCAUCUGAAGAAAUGGAUGUGGACUAAGUUUUACAUUUCUCUGAGUUCAUUAAAAACAGUGCAAGUAAUCAGAGGGUCCAUUUUUCUUUUGUCUAACACACCACGUAUGUUCAGUUAUUUAGAAAACUUUCUGUCCUUUGUUCUUUUCAAUAGGUUUGCAAGUGUUCUUCUAUUGAGUGCAUUCCCAUUGUUAAUUCCAUUGAUGCAGCUUAUUGUGAAGCUUUAGUUGAAUGUAGAUUGUAAUCAGUUUAAGCUUUUAUGAUAUAUUUUAUAUCAAAGAGGCAGAAUUGAUAUAUAAAUGACAACAAUCUACCUUAUUUAAAGCUUUUAUCGUGGGUAAGCCGCUACUCCUUUAUUCAGGAAAGGCCACUGUAUUGCACUUUCGAUGCUGAAGUGUAGAUUUUUGCAUCUUUAUUUUAGAAGAUACUCAGUUUGAUGUGGCUUGAACAUUGCCACCAGAAGCACUGACCUUUUUCUAAUUGUUGUACUGUUCUAAUUUAAAUAUUAAAAUAGAGGUUAGUUGGCAAACUAGUUCAUCUUGUUGAUGUACCAUGAAAACCUGUAAGAACUUUGUUGACCAACAUCUAAAGCUUAAAAGGAACUCACACCAGCAGCAUUCUUUGUCAUCAAACUAGUAACAUGAUUCAAAAUAAAACUCAUGGUCCCCGUGUUCACACAAUCCUGUAUCAUAUUUUGUGUUGAUGCUGAGACAUUCUUGAAAUUGUAAUAGUAUGGAAUUGGAAGACUGUAACCAUACUUUCAUUUCUCUUAAUUACCUGUGACCUAACUGGUUUGGGUUCAUUCAGAAUGCUGCCUUUGCCUGUUUUUACAAAAUGCCUUCCUUGGAAUUAAAAGUAGAAAAUACACCCAGAAUAUUGUCAUAAAUUAAUAUUACUUACACAGCAUUCCUUAUCUGAAAUAUUUCUCCUGUUUUACUUGGCAAAAUAAUACUCUUGUUUUAGAGUUUGUGCCUAGAAAAAGUUCACAGUAGUAAUAGUUUUUUAGCAAUUGUCCCAAGUAUUUGCAGAAUAACAUUUGAUACGUUUUUAACAAAUAAAUAUAACAAGCUACUAACAUUUAAGCUUAAUAUUAUCAGUACAGAUAAAUCUAAAAAAUCUUAAAACAUACACUUUCUGAGUAGCAGUUAAGUUUUUUGUCAAAGUAAUUAUGUGGAGAUUGAGAAUUCUUCAUUGCUUUCUCCAUUUCUUGGCUGAAAAAUUAUCUUAUAAAUGAAAAUGUACCUAUGCUUUUGAAAAAAUCUUGUAAGUAAUUCAGAUUUCUGUUCUUUUAACUUCAAUAGUGAACGUAUAGGUUGAUUAGCUAAGUUAUUAAGUUUUAAACUUAACAAACUGGAUUCUAAAGAAGGAAUCUAUUUUCUGCUUAGCCUCCUCCCCCCCCCCCAAAAAAAGGACUUGUUCUUCGGAAAACACAGAGACAUUAUUCUGGCCUAAAGAAGAUUUAUUUUGUAUGUUCUUCUGAUUCUAGCAUAUUUUUCAGUAUAUCCUAUUCAUAUUGGUGUGGUAUGAUAGACAGUGCCUUCCCAUCUGGCCCAAUUUGUUAAAGAGGAGAGUAACAUAAAAGCAACAUUUCAACAGUAGUAUUUUGUAUAACUGUGAAUUAUUUGGAAUUGAUAUUCCUGACUUUCCCACUAUUUUUCAGUCAGCUCAUCAUGCUGACCAGGGGAUUAUAAACCAAUUGCUUUGGAACAUACCAUACAUAACAAAAAGAGGAUAGUUUAUGAUGAGAACCCAUUACAUAAAGCAUUAAGGAUGUGUUUACAUUAUUUAGGCUUACAUUUCUGCUGUUUAUGCAAUCAGUUUUGUAUAAGCAGUAAUUAUAGUAAUCUUUUCAGGUACUAUUUAAGCCUGUAGUAAACUUUGAAUAUGUAUAUGCUACUAUAUAUUAAUUCAGUAUAUGGUACUACAACAGGUCUAAAUUUAUGAUUUAUACUAAACCCUCUGGUUUAGGAUAUGAUAGGUCUGCAUAAUGCUUUAUUCUUCCCACUGUUAGCUAUGAUUUAGUUGACUUUUUGAUGGAUCAGGGACCUUUAUAGGGAAAGAAAUGUGUCACCUUUCUAUAUGAGUACUAACUGGACAUUAGACUGGAGAAUUAAGUUAGAAUGCAAUAUAAAAAUGUCUAUGGUGGGAUAUUAAUAUAAAGAAAACAUGACAGUACACAAAACGUGUAUAUAUUGAGAAAAAACUGUCUACUUAUGAGCAUGGCACUUAUAAAAAUAUAUAAGAAGGAGUUGCUCAAGUAUUAAGUUAAAGAAUAAAUAAAGGAAGAUAAACUACAAAAGGUUUUGUGACAUACUGAAGAAUAACUAACCUGUAAUCACACAUGUUUUUAUGGGAUGGAGUCCUCUUCAUUUGCAUGAAGUGCUAUCCUUACAAGGAUAUUCACAGGGACAGGUAAAGUGAAGUUAGAUAUCAAUGUCAUGAAAAAGUUGCAGUCUGUGACACUUCCAUUGUAGGGAAACUAGUUACCAUAACAGUAAUAGAUGCUAACAAAAAAUCCUUAAGAGAGUGAAGAAAUCCUAAAGUAAUACUUUAGGCCCACCAGGGUCAUUUAUCCAGCCCGCCCGCCUGAUUGGCC